AUGGCUAUCGGCGAUGUCCCCUCCAGCCCCCAGCAGGCUACGGUACCGCCUCAACCCAUCGACAUUGAUGCCUGGACUGAGCAAGCAACCGUUGCCCUGGGCUCUGUAGCCAUUUCCGUCCCUGGAGAUGCGCCCCGGACUGCCUCGGUUACGCUUGCCAUUCCGCUCGAUGAGCACGAUGCGCCCGCGGCUGCUGCACACCCUGUAGGUGCUUCAGCAGCCGCAAAAGAAGGCGGAUACUAUCGUCGCAAGGAGCCGCUUCGCCGCGACAGCAUGAAGCGGCGCGAGGCCCUGCUAAAGGGAAAAGAGGGCUCCCGGCGCAGGCAGAGAUGGGAGAAUGAUCGUCUCCUAUCCAACCCCCACGCCGAACCCCCUCUCCCAAGAGACUGGGAAGUCCACCCAACCCACACUCCCAAACACGUCCCCUACUACCUCGCCCCGCUCUGGGACCAAGGUCUAAACCGCCAAUCCACCGACCGCCGCUCCGCCGCCCUCGCCCAAAAAGCGUCCCAGAAAACUGUCGCUACAAACCCUUCUGCCCCCGGUAUCGUACCAAAGGAACUCCGCGACAAACUCAAGCGCUCCCGCGGCGCAAAGGGCUUGUUGAUGGACCUCGAGAGCCAAGUCAGAGGCUUCGUCGCUGAGUGGCACGAAAAGGAGCGCGAGGCCGCCCACUUGGGUGUCCCUACUGAUCCCGACAGCGAGGACGACGAAAUUGUUUUUGUCGGCAGAAAUGGGCAUAUGAAUGAUCUUUCCUCUCCUUCCUCUUCCUCAGUGCUCCCCGCCAAGAAGGAGCUUAUGCUUUUUGAUACUCCCGAAGAGGAUGUAGGUGGCUGUUUUGGACGCUGGCUCGUGCAUCACAUUGGCGUCUACUAUGGCUUGAGGACUUGGAGUGUUACGGUGGGGGAUCCCGCGAGGAGGGAAGCGUAUAUUGGGGUUAACAAGGGGGUUGAGGGCGCGUUGCCUAGGCCCUUGUAUGGCUUGGUGUAG